AUGGCCACGAUUGAUGCCCAUCCCCAGGAACGGGGACACGUGUUCCUGCUACGGACCAGGACGUUGUACGUGCAGCCAGACAGUCGCGAGAGGGAGGCAGCGUCAAAGCAAGGGAUGCAUCGCCCCACGAUCAGUCAAAUCUGGGGCAAUCCCGAAACGCGCUUGGCUCCCGACUUGCUUCUUGCAUGUUCAAAUGGCCCCGAGCUUGGCGCCCUGUGCGGCUUCGACCCCGCCUUAUUGUUUUUGGGAGUGCUUAGCUUGAAAUCGCGAUUUGCGACGGGACAGGUGCUUGGUCCGAUAGAGAUGCAGUCUCUCGUCCAGGGCGUGGACGUGUCCAAAAGAGAAAGGCCCGGUGUCUUGGAGAGAAGAGCCUCGUAA